AUGUCAUACGGCAGCGAGACGCCGCACGUUUGGAGCAGCUCAUCUGGCAGUGAGGUGUCUCCAUACGGAUCGCUUUGGGACGCGCCACCAGCGCCGGUGGCCUACCCCGACAUCCUGGCUUUUCCACCUGCUGAUUUGGUAUGGUCGACGGCAGGAUGUGGUCGGGGAUCCUCUCGAUCGACUCCAGGAGGUAAGAAGCCGAGGCGGCGCGUGGCGUCCGUCGCACAGCGUCGCGCGGCCAACAUCCGCGAACGCCGUCGGAUGUUCAAUCUCAACGAGGCUUUCGACAAAUUACGUCGAAAGGUACCAACAUUUGCAUACGAAAAGCGACUCUCCCGCAUUGAAACUUUGCGUUUAGCGAUCACUUACAUAAGUUUCAUGUGCGAGUUGCUCCACGGGUCGCCGCAGCCCCAUCAUCCUUCACAUUCGUCACUGCACCCCCCGCGCCACGUGUUCGAUGCUGAAGUACCUUGGUGCUCUUAAAUGUUACUUAAACUUUUAAGGUCACUAUGAGUACUUUUGAUUCUAAGGGACUUACCGCAAUUGUUAUCUUAACUCUCCCGACCACGAAGUAUUUCCAGAGCUGUCAAUAGCAACAAAACUUCCCGCGUAAGGAUUUAAAUGAGUACUUCUUGAUAAAUAGCGCGCUCUACCGGCAAAAAUUCUAUCCCCUAAAUUUCAAAAUUCGUUCAACAUUACGUUCGGACUCCUUGUCUUGAGAGUUUCAAAAUAACAAUCCCGGAACAACAAAAUAAAAGUCCCUUAGAAUCAAAAAUGUUACUUGGUUACAAAUUAUGUAUACCAGUCUAUUUAUUUUUUAUACUUCGCAGUACUUUUAAUUUUUCUUUAGAAAACUAAUCUUAAAUAAA